AUGGCUACCAUAGAUUUUGAUCAACUUCAACAUGUUUUAAAUACGAUACAAAACAAUUCUACUGCAAGUGAAGAUAAUCAACAAUUGGAACAGAAUUCAAUUGCAAGUGAAGAUAAUCAACAAUAG